GUCUGGAAACAGUAUAAAUACGUGGCUGUCGAUUCUGUUAUUAAAUUCCAACAAAAGCUAAGCACAAAAAAAAAAUAAUAAUUUAGAAUUAUUCACAGUAAAUAUGCGAUUAUAAAAAUUUGUGCGUCCAAGGUAAAUUACGACUGUUAGCUGAAGUGCGAUACGAAGCUUAUUAAAGGGAAAGACAGUAACUCCUCAGUAUCCACAAUGGGACUUUGCAAAUGUCCAAAACGAUUGGUGACAAACCAAUUCUGCUUCGAGCAUAGAGUAAAUGUUUGUGAGCACUGCAUGGUCCAGAGCCAUCCCAAGUGCAUAGUGCAAUCGUAUCUGCAAUGGCUACGUGAUAGCGACUAUAUAUCCAAUUGUACGCUGUGCGGCACCGGCCUGGAGCAGGGCGAAUGUGUACGUCUGGUGUGUUACCAUGUGUAUCACUGGGAUUGCUUGAAUGCACGUCAAGCCGGUUUGCCUGCUAAUACAGCGCCUAGUGGCCAUCAGUGCCCAAGUUGUAGCGUCGAAAUAUUUCCAACAUCUAAUCUGGUCUCACCCGUGGCAGAUGCACUCAAACACUAUCUGGCAAAAGUGAACUGGGGACGAAAUGGACUUGGUCUUGCCUUGCUUUCAGAUGAUCAAAACAAUAGUUUCAAGUCAAAAGCUAUUGCUAGCCAGUCGGCCGUUACGAACAUAACCAAAGUGCAUCAUCAUUCCGCUGGCGAGCGUGAGCGUAUGAAACCGAAUGGAGGCGUUGAUAGCUCCAGUCCACAUUCCGUGCUGUUAAUGGAUGCAUUUAAUCCGCCUAGCUCAGGCGAUUUACAUGGAACCAGCAGCCGGCGUCCUUUAAUGCCGCGCCAGCCGCCCAUAGGUGGCACGGAUCGUGAUGAUAAUAAAUACCAGCGCCGCACACCGGCUGAGCUAUUCUCGCGAUGGACGCGUCGCUUUUAUGCACCGUCAUCACGUCCGCCUUGGCGUCGCACCUGGUUCUUGGCACUCAGUGGCAUUUUGGCCUUCAUUGUGUUCAUCUAUUUAAUGGCACUGCUAGGUCGAGGCGGUGGCAACGAAAGUUUGGACGACAGCUGGAAUAAUCCAAACCCCAACCAGAACCACUACGAAUAAAUGUAUGUGUAUUGUCAACAUAUAUCGAAAAGCCCUUCCCUUCCUCUGUUAAAAUCAAAACUUAUUUAUCUAACCCAAAUAUUGCAAAAAAAAAACUUAACGCUAA